AUGCCUGCAGUGAAUGAAAACGAUGUUCUGGUGUACAAAGGCAGUAAUUUCUUUCGUCAGAGACUAUUGCUGUCGACACUAAGCGGUCGGGCGAUAAAAAUUAAGGAGAUUCGAAGUUCUCACGAGGAUCUCGGCCUUCGGGAGUACGAAGUGAAUCUAAUACGACUUCUAGACAAAGUGACUAAUGGCACUGUUGUUGAACUUGGUGAAACAGGAACAUCUUUGUACUAUCAGCCGGGAAUUUUAAUCGGUGGUCAAGUUACUCACAGUUGCUGCCCUCAAAGGGGUAUAGGUUAUUAUUUAGAGGUACUGCUAGCAUUAGGACCAUUUUGUAAAGAACCUCUCAAUGCAGUACUGCAGGGAGUUACCCACAAUGAUCUGGACGUAUCAGUGGAUAAAGUAAAGACAGCUGCAUUGCCUAUAUUGUUGAAAUUCAUUUUGGUUGAUGAUGGCUUGGAGCUAAAAGUUGUAAGAAGAGGUGCUCCACCCUUGGGUGGCGGAGAAGUUGUAUUCCGGUGUCCGGUGCGUCGUCAUUUGCGUCCUCUCCAGUGGACCACAUGGGGUCUCGUGAAAAGAAUAAGAGGGGUUGUUUAUGCUUUAAGGGUCUCUCCCACUAUGGCUAAUAGAGUGGUAGACUCUGCUAAAGGAGUAAUGCUAAAAUUCCUGCCCGAUGUGUAUAUUAACACAGACCAGUGUCGCGGCUCUAACGCCGGCAAAAGUCCAGGGUUCGGCGUCAGCCUUGUUGCCGAGACUAACGAGAAGACUUUCUAUUGUGCUGAAGCGAAAUCAUGUGAGGCGGGUAAAGGUGAGAUAACUCUACCGGAGGAUCUAGGUCGUGAGUGUGCGAUGAGCCUGUUGGAUGAGAUAGCGCGCGGCGGCGCCGUCGACUCCGCCUUCCAGUGGCUGCUCGCGCUGUGGAUGGCGCUCGGACAGAAGGAUGUUAGCGUAUGCAUUGUUGGCCCGCUGUCAGAUUACACAAUAACCUUUCUCCAACAUCUCAAAGAGUUUUUCGGCGUCAUGUUCAAGUUGGAAGCGGUCACUCACGAGUCUGAGGAGUCUGACGAUGAAUCGGAUCUGCCUAUGAGCAACAAGAUCAAGAUGACCUGUGUCGGUAUAGGUUACGUUAAUAUCAGUAAAAGGACGCUGUAA